UUAUCAGCUGAUCCUUCUGGCUGACUGUUGUUGAUGCCUCAAGUAGCUGUUGUUCGGAUGCCGUGUUGCUCUUCUCUGUCUGCGGACACUGAAGAAAGUGAACGGGACACACGGAGGACAUUCACCCGCGGUACGAGUUUGCUAAUAGUGCGGGAGGCGUCUCGUCGCGUGAGGACUUUGAAUUUGCGCACUUAGCAGAAGAGCUAGCUCCAGAGCUUCGGUGGAAGGAGGAGAGAAAAACAGCAGAGGCAGUAGCUCUCUUUGUCUAUGUCGUGCCAGUCUGAACAGCAAAAUCCAUUCUUAUGUGUCUUGGCGUUAUUGUAUUUACGCCAAGACGUUAUUUAUAUGUAAACUUAAAAAAGGGGGGGACGUGAAAAGGAGGGACAGCUAGCUCGUCAGCUAACAUUAGCCCACUCGCGCAAAGAAACAGACUUGUUGUCAAGCUUUGGUGCUUUCGUAACCGACCGACAGUGACAGAUAAGGACAGCUAAGUGUGAUAAUACUGGUGUUUGCACAAAGUAUAUUCGUGCCUGUGUAAUUUUAGCUUUGGUUAUCACUGGAUCAGGUGCUCUGACAGUCACGGGACACCAAACAAACUGAUGCUCACUUUUUAAAACGGACGUCUGUGUCAUGUUUGAGCCAUCCUUUUGUUUUUGCCUUGGUUAGUGUGUUCUGUAUCGAUUAUUAAACACCGCAAACACACAGCAGCAGGUUCACUGCCAGCUGUCCCUUUUCAGUGUUCAAGUUUGCUGACAGGUUGCGUAAUUUGUUUGUGUGCAAGCUGUGAACUCUUACUGGGAAACGUGUUUUUAUUUUAUUAUGUUAUUUAAACCUGAUGCUUAGGUGGCAUUGUGGACAUCAUUAAAAAAACAUUUCACACAUUUUAUCAUUGUUAUUUCGUAUCAUUUUUAACGUAUGACGUGAUACAGUGAUUACUUCUUACUGUAAAGCAAAGGUUGAGUGGCUGCUUGAGUCUCACUUUCAUGAAUAAAGCGUUUAUUUGGAAAAAUAAGUAGGCAGUUAUGUGUUAAAAUAGCCUGCUUAAAAUAUUGUGAGACAACACUGUGAUUAGGGACAGAUAGGUGGAGAGAAAGGGUCCCUCAGAGGGUCCCAUUGUGUCUUGGUGAGGUGAACUGCCCCCCCUCAACUACACGCCAAUGCUGGAUCUUGAGGUGGUGCCUGAGAGAUCACUAGGAAAUGAGCAAUGGGAAUUCGCCUUAGGGAUGCCAUUGGCCCAGGCCAUCUCUAUCCUACAGAAACACUGCCGCAUCAUCAAAAAUGUCCAGGUGCUUUACAGUGAGCAGACACCACUCAGCCAUGACCUUAUACUGAACUUGACUCAGGAUGGGAUUAAACUGCUGUUUGAUGCCACAAAUCAGAGACUGAAGGUGAUUGAAGUGUAUGACCUGAGCAAAGUCAAGUUGAAAUACUGUGGAGUCCAUUUCAACUCUCAGGCCAUUGCCCCCACAAUAGAACAAAUAGACCAGUCGUUUGGAGCUACGCACCCUGGAGUUUACAACGCUGCAGAGCAGUUGUUCCAUCUCAACUUUCGAGGACUGUCCUUUUCCUUCCAGUUGGACUCCUGGAAUGAAGCUCCAAAGUAUGAGCCUAACUUUGCCCUGGGUUUGGCCUCCCUGCAGAUUCCACACGGGGCUAUGGUCAAGAGGAUGCACAUCUACACUGGCAACAAUCUGCAGGAAACAAAAGCUCCAGCUAUGCCGUUGGCUUGUUUCCUUGGUAACAUCUUUGCAGAGUGUGUAGAUGUCCUCAGAGAUCGGGCAGGGCCUCUGGGGCUCAAACUCCGCCUUCUCACUGCAGCUUGUGGUCCAGGUGUCAUGGCCGAUGCAAAAGUGAGGUUCCUGGAGAGGAAUAUCUACUUUGGAGAUUCCUGUCAGGAUGUACUCGGUGCUCUGGGCUCACCACAUAAAAUCUUCUAUAAGUCUGAGGACAAGAUGAAGAUCCACUCUCCAUCGCCUCACAAGCAGGUUCCUUCUAAAUGUAACGACUACUUUUUCAACUACUUCACCCUCGGAGUGGAUAUCCUGUUUGACUCGACGUCUCACCUGGUUAAGAAGUUUGUCCUACAUACCAACUAUCCUGGACAUUACAACUUCAAUAUAUAUCAUCGAUGUGACUUUAAGAUUCCAUUGGUCAUCAAAAAAGAAGGAACUCAUUCUCAGACAGAGGACUGCAUUUUAACCACCAACAACAAGUGGGACCAGAUUCAGGAACUGCUUGGUCACCCGAUGGAGAAACCCGUAGUGUUGCACAGGUCGUCUUCAGCCAAUAACACCAACCCAUUUGGCUCUACCUUCUGUUUCGGACUGCAGCGGAUGAUCUUUGAGGUGAUGCAGAAUAACCACAUAGCAUCGGUGACCCUGUACGGUGCUCCACGAACCACCAGUCAAGCCCGACCCGGGUCCAGCAGUAGUUUCCACUGAGCAAGUAACCAGAACCACAUCCCAUUCUGGACUGUCCUGAAAUCUAGUACCUUUUACUGACUGAACCUCUAACCCAGAGCCAGAUUCUUUACCAAGCAGACGUAACCCAGGACAACAAAGCUAUCCUUACCCGGCUCUGAUGCUAAACAUUGAGCACAAAACGCGACUAAAUCCCCCAAAACAACCCAGAAACACCCAAACCAGACCAGUUAGAGUGUCUACUAGAUUUCUUCCAACCAGACACACCCAGUCUGUGUCCUUGUUGACAUUGUCGCUCUGUAAGACUAUUAAUGCUUUGCAAAGAAAAGGUUGUGUAGUCAUAUCACUCACUGUGGUGCUGUGAACUGACAUGGUGAAGUAAUCUGAAUUCCAGUAGAGCUCAGCUCUUUCCAGUCAUGUGACUGUAUCUGCAACAGUACGACAGCAGACGCCACGUUUCCACCAGUGAAACGUCCUGGCAGCAUCAGUGAGACUGUAACAUUGUGGUAGCAGGACAGAUAAUCUCUAAAAUCUAAAUUUAACAUCAGAGAUGGGAGUCGUGACGUCAAAAUGGCUACAGAUUUAAAAAAAAAAAACGGCUGCAGCAAACUCUGGCUCGACCCGCUGAUGAUUCAUCAAACCGUCCACACUGCCCGGCCCAAACGGAACCGCCUGUUUUCCUGUCACUGCUUCAGAACAAGACCCGACAGGCUCAGUCAAAACCGGGACACUUCCAGACCCACAGGAACCAAACCAGCCCGACCAAGAGACGUCUGAGCCAAACACACACACACACACACACGCACACACAAACACACAGAGCUGCAAAAGGACUGCAACUAAAAACAGGAAAACACAGGAAUCCAAGAUUUUGUGGUUCAAUUGAAGAACCGGACACGUGGACGUGGCCCAGGUGAUAACCCGCUCUGUGCUCUGUGGACGAGCCGGUCAAACCAGAUCGGAAGCAGAAUGGAGGCAAAGUGAGGCAGAAUGAUCCAAACUGCUGUCAUCACCUCCCUGAUUAUUGUCUCCCUCUUCAUCUUCAUCCUUCAUCUCUGUUCAGUGGUGCCCUCAAACACACACACAUACAGGAGUAUCUGCAUGUGUAGGCUGUCGAUUGACAUUUUAAGACAAAGCACACACAUACACACUCAUGUGGCAUUUUAAUUCCUUCACUGCUAUGUCCUUGUAUUUCUAAUAUACACAAGCUGUCUCAUCUGUUUUUAGAUUAUAUUUUUUUUUGCAGUGCUACACAAACGUGGAAACAUGCAGGCAUGACACACGGAAUUUGCAUGGCAGAUGUUUUUUUUUUUGUUUUUUUUUAAUGAGAAGAGACUUUUUAAAAGCACAAACUUGGCACGCUGGUGUUUCUUUGACUGCAUGUUGUGAGGGGCACAAACUUGUCUCUCCGUCUGUCUCUGCUCGCGUUCUCCGGUUCAGUUCAUGACCUGUUUUCAUUGUGCUCCGUGUGUUUAUUAAAAAUCCAUUUUUACAUUUGCACUAAUGCA